UUAGGGGUUAGAAAAAGUUAGCAAUGGAUUUUCCCACUGAGGAAUGGAGAGAGGGGUCAUUGAAUUUCUCCAACAAGAAAAGCAGUUCAUAUAAAUAAACCUGGUGGUGUCUGUGAAUCCAAGCGAUUGAAUUCUCUCAUUUAUGAAAAGCUUCAAUUCCUGACUGCUCCUAACUGUCUCUACGUUUACUCUCUUUGGCCCCUCUCUCUCUCUCUCUCUCUCUGGAAGAAGAGAUUAAUAUAUUAAUCUUCUGAAAGUUGUCCGCAGGGACAAAAGUGCUCCAUAUCUUGUUUUGUCCAUUGUUUUGUUUGGGUUUUUGUUGUUCUUAGAGCCCCAGAGAGAGAAAAAGAAAAGAAAAUGCGUUCUCAGAUUCUUUCUUGGAACUCCUCCACAGUCAAGCCUUUUGCUGUCCUCUUACCUGCUCUUGUUCUCUGAUUCUCUCCCCCUUACUGUGUUGUGUCUUGUCUUCCUCCGCUAGUUUUUCUGGGUUUUGCAUGGUGACCCCAAAGUAAGUUCUUCGCAGAGAUUUUGUCAUCUAUCCGCUUUUUCUUCUUCUGGGUUUUUGGUGGUAGUGGUGGUGGUGGAGGUAACAUUCUUCUAUUAGGGUUUCAGUUUUUUUUUUUUGGGGAUAAUUUCUUGAACUUCUUCAAUGGGUCUUGGUUUAUGGGUUUAUGUGUUGGUUCUGACAAUGUUCUUGAAGCAUUUUGCUUGCCAAGAACCCAACACUGAUGGAUUCUUCAUCUCUGGGUUUUUCAAGCAAAUGGGCUUAAGCUCUGUUGAAACAUACAACUUCUCAGCACCUUUCUGUUCAUGGCAAGGGCUAUUCUGCGACUCCCAGAACGAGCAUGUUAUCGGGUUGGUCGCUUCUGGAUUAGGCUUAUCUGGUUCGAUCCCUGAAACCACCAUUGGUAAACUCAGCAAGCUUCAGUUUUUGGAUCUCAGCAACAACAAAAUCACUGCUUUAUCAUCUGACUUUUGGAGCUUGAGCUCCCUCAAGAAUCUUAACCUCUCUUUCAACCAGAUUUCUGGGUCUUUCCCCAACAAUGUUGGUAACUUCGGCUUGCUCGAGUCCCUUGACGCCUGCCACAACAAUUUUUCUGGUGAAAUCCCUGAAGCAAUUGGUUCUCUUGCUGGCUUGAGAGUCCUCAGGCUCGAUCGCAAUGGGUUUGAAAGGAACAUUCCACGAGGAAUUCUCAGCUGCCAAUCUUUGGUAUCCAUUGAUCUUUCCUCCAAUCGGCUUGAUGGGCCUCUGCCUGAUGGUUUUGGUUCUGCAUUCCCGAAGCUCAAAGCUUUGAACCUUGCAGGAAACCAGAUUCAUGGCAGGGACACAGAUUUUGCUGGUAUGAAUUCCAUUAGUUUUCUCAACAUCUCAGGGAACCGGUUUCAAGGUUCAGCGGCUGGUGUGUUUAAGGAGAAUCUGGAGGUGGCCGAUCUCAGCAAAAACCAGUUUCAAGGCCAUGUUUCUCAGGUAGACUUCAACUGGUCUAAAUUGGUCUAUCUUGACUUGUCUGAGAAUGAGCUUAGUGGAGACAUUUUCAAGAACUUGACAUUGCCCAAGAAUCUUAAGCACCUAAAUCUUGCUUGCAAUAGAUUUAACAGAGGUGGGUUUCCGAGUAUCGAAAUGCUUUCUGGUUUAGAACAUCUGAACUUGUCCAAGACAAAUCGUUUUGGACACAUAUCCAGAGAGAUCUCGGAGUUGAGUGAUUUGAGGACACUGGAUGUUUCUGAGAAUCAUCUUUCCGGGCAAAUACCUUUGUUAAGUAUCAAGAACCUCCAGGUUAUCGAUGUCUCGAGGAACAAUUUCACUGGGGAGAUACCGAUGCCUAUCCUCGAGAAGCUUCCAUGGAUGGAGAGAUUCAAUUUCUCCUUCAACAACUUAACCUUUUGUACCUCAAAGUUCUCACCUGAAACCCUAAGGAGUUCAUUCUUUGGCUCUACUAGCAGCUGCCCUAUUGCUGCAAACCCGGCUCUUUUCAAGAGAAGAGGAGCAGGUACCAAAGGACUGAAGCUAGCUCUGGCAGUGACGUUAUCCGCAAUGUGCUUACUUGUCGGGGCUCUGCUCAUUGUAGCUUUUGGUUGUAAAAGGAAACCCAAGUCGUGGGCCGUGAAAGAAGUCUCAUUUAAAGAGGAGCAGAGCAUUUCGGGUCCAUUCUCAUUCCAGACAGAUUCAACGACAUGGGUGGCUGAUCUCAAGCAAGCAACAGCUGUACCGGUUGUCAUUUUUGAGAAGCCAUUGCUAAACAUCACGUUUUCGGAUCUCUUGUCUGCAACUUCGAACUUUGACAGAGGCACCCUUUUGGAAGACGGUAAAUUCGGGCCUGUUUACAGAGGUUUCCUUCCAGGAGGGAUCCAUGUAGCUGUAAAGGUUUUGGUCCAUGGUUCGACACUGACUGAUCAAGAAGCUGCAAAAGAGCUCGAAUUUCUCGGGAGGAUUAAACACCCAAAUCUUGUUCCAUUGAGUGGAUACUGCAUAGCCAGUGAUCAAAGGAUUGCCAUUUAUGAGUACAUGGAGAACGGUAACUUGCAGAACCUGCUUCAUGACCUGCCACUCGGUGUUCAGACAACAGACGACUGGAGCACAGACACAUGGGAAGAAGAAGAAGAUUACAACGGAAUCCAGAAUAUAGGCUCUGAACGCCCUUUUGCAACCUGGCAAUUCAGACACAGGAUAGCACUUGGAACUGCCCGGGCACUGGCCUUCCUUCACCAUGGUUGUUCACCACCUAUAACUCAUCGGGACGUCAAAGCCAGCAGUAUUUAUCUUGAUCAGAACUGGGAACCGAGAUUAUCGGAUUUCGGGCUGGCCAAAGUCUUUGGAAACGGUUUGGAUGAUGAAAUAGCCCGCGGUUCACCUGGGUGUCUGCCACCAGAAUUUUCUCAGCCUGAUUACGAUUCUCCAACCCCAAAAUCCGAUGUCUAUUGCUUCGGGAUAGUUCUGUUUGAGCUAAUAACCGGGAAAAAACCAGUUGAUGAUGAUUAUCCCGAGGAGAAAGAUGCAAACUUGGUGAGCUGGGUGAGAGGCUUGGUUAGAAAGAACCAAGGAUCAAGAGCUAUUGAUCUGAAAAUCCGUGAGACGGGUUCACAAGAUCAGAUGGAAGAGGCCCUCAAGAUCGGAUACCUCUGCACGGCUGAUCUCCCUUCGAAGCGUCCAAGUAUGCAGCAGAUAGUUGGCCUCCUCAAGGAUAUCGAACCAAAAACCUGAUGAAUGUAAUGUUAGAUUAAUAUUCUGCAUCUCUUUUUCCCAUUAAAAAGUUUCUCUUCACUUUUUUGUUUGUCUUCUCUUUCAUUGUUGCUUCAAGUUCUUCCUCUGUUACUGUCUGAAUCAAAGUAUGCUGUAUAUAUAUGAAGCCUGUUUCUCCUUUC